GCCAGACCAAAAACGAAAACAGCAUAGCAAUUAUUCUGAAUAAAGUCAAUUGGAUGUGAUGAGCAGACGAGGUGGAGGCCGUAGGGGAAGAGGGGACGAUGGCUGGGAAGGAUGGGGAGGCUAUAUGAAUGCAAAGCGCCAGAAGCUGCAGGAUCAGUAUGUUGUAUCAGCCCCAGACCAAAAGGAAGGCACAGAACGGCCCAACAUCUUUGCCGGAGUGGCCAUAUAUGUUAAUGGAUACACAAAACCAUCGUCAGACGAGCUGAAACGACUCAUAAUAUUGCAUGGAGGGAGGUAUGAGCAUUACCUGUAUCGUACACGUGUCACCCAUGUUAUCGCCACAAAUCUCCCCGACAGCAAAGUAAAGGAUUUGAAGGGGCUGAAGGUUGUUAGGCCUGAGUGGAUUACUGAUAGCAUUGCAGCGGGAAAGUUGCUCUCCUACACAAGGUACCAACUCUACACUGCACAGUCUGGCUUGCAGAAAGGUUUACAGACAAUUACUGUUCAACAGCAGGAUAAUCAGGCAACAAAUGUAAACCAGUCUAUGGAAAUGAAUAAUUCUAAGAUUGGGGAUAAAAGAAGUUUGAUGGAAAAAAAGACAUCUUCAAUUGAUAGCGGAAUUGAAUCAUAUGAUUGUGUUAUGUCAGUUAACAGUAUUCAAAGUCUUGGUAGUAGUAAGUCAACAGAUAGUGGAAUUAGUCAAAUGUCAGACUCCAGGUCAAAUAGCAAUAAUAAAGCAAAAGAAACUGUUAAAUCACCACCUCAGAAUUUAAGGUCAAACAGCACAAAUGUGCCAAAACAGACUGUUAAGUCACCAGCCUAUGCUGGUAAUCCAAAAUUUCUGAAUGAGUAUUACAGUAAUUCUCGUCUUCAUUACCUUUCCACAUGGAAGUCAGAAUUCAAAGAUUAUGUGAAUGAAAUUCAAAACAAAGAGGCCAAUCUCCUUGGUAGAGAGAGGCUUAGAAAUUUUGUACAUUCAAGGGAGAUAACUACUGGUGAGGAUUAUUCAAGGGAGACAACAAGAGAAUACUCGUCAGCCUGGAAGAGAGGAAAGCGGGAGAGAUGUGUGAUGCACGUAGACAUGGACUGUUUCUUUGUUUCUGUGGGGCUUAGAAAGAGACCAGAUUUAAAAGGAAAGCCAGUUGCAGUGACUCACUCUAGAGGAAAAGGGGCCAGUGUUGACCCCGAGUCUGAUCUUGGCUUCGAGAAACGUGAGUGGGCAAAAAAGGGCAAGGGAGGAAAAUCAAUGCAAAAGGACAACUCUUCACAUAGGGACUCUUCAAUUAGAGUUUCAGGUGAGCUUGGAUUUCCCGAUCUGUCUGACUCAGACUCCAAUGAGGAAGAAGUGGAACCAGACUUUGCCAUGGCAACAGACACCUUCCAUUCCAUGGCGGAGAUAGCAUCUUGUAGUUACGAAGCACGACAGGCAGGGGUGAAGAAUGGAAUGUUCAUGGGAAAGGCACGCCAGCUCUGUCCAAACCUUAUGACCAUUCCUUACGAUUUUGUUGGCUACAACCAGGUGUCUAGGAUUCUCUACGAUACUGUUGCUAGCUACACACAUGAUAUUGAGGCUGUGAGCUGUGACGAGAUGUUGGUGGAUUGUACAGACCUUCUGGCUGACACCGGUGCCACACCACUUGAGUUUGCCUCAAUGUUGAGAGAUGAAAUAUUUGAGAAAACAGGCUGCCAUGCUUCUGCUGGGCUUGCCUCCAACAUUCUGCUAGCUAAAAUGGCCACUAGAAAAGCCAAACCCAAUGGUCAGUUUCAUCUGACAGUGGACCUGGUGUCAGCAUACAUAAAAUCACAGUCUGUCAAGGAUAUACCUGGCAUAGGUUGGUCACUAACUAAAAGAUUUGAGGCAAUGAAAGUGACAACAUGUGGGGAUCUUCAGAGAUUGAGUCCGGAUACUCUUCAAAAGGAGUUGGGUCCAAAAACUGGCCAAUCACUGUACAGAUACUGCAGAGGUCAGGAUGAUCGACCAAUUAAAAUUGAACAGCAGAGAAAAUCGGUAUCAGCUGAGGUCAACUAUGGAAUACGAUUCACUACAAAUCGAGAGGCUGACCAGUUUUUGCAAGAGCUCUCAGAAGAAGUGUGUCGAAGACUAACCUCAAUCCACAUGAAGGGGAAAACCAUUACGUUGAAGCUAAUGGUUCGCAGACAGGAUGCACCUAAACAAACCUCCAAGUUCAUGGGUCAUGGGAUAUGUAAUAACUUCUCCAAAUCUGUCACGUUGCCGAUGGCGACGGAUGAGGCUCGUAUUGUGGGAAGGGAGACAAUUUCGCUUCUGAAACAACACAAGGUUGCACCUGACGACCUCAGAGGGAUUGGCAUACAGAUCCAAAAGCUAGAACCAGCCACUAUUGGAUUAGCCGGUAAGUCUUCUAGAUCAACCAGCAUUCUUAACUUCACUGUCAACAGAUCAGUCCAGGCAGAUAAACCAUCUCCUUUGAUCUCACAUAAAUCCCCAGAGAAAGUUUUUCCUACUGGAUUAGCUAGAUCUUCUAUUGGAGGAGAAAAAACAAGCAUGAACGCUUCAUCAUCAGGAUUAGCUAAAUCACCUUUAAGUAGAAACACAAGCGCUUCAUCAUCAGGAUUAGCUAAAUCACCUUUAAGUAGAAACACAAGCGCUUCAUCAUCAGGAUUAGCUAGAUCUCCUAUUAAUAGAAACACGAGCGCUUCAUCAUCAGGAUUUGCUAAAUCACCUAUAAAUAGAAACACAAUCGCUUCUUCAUCAGGAUUGGCUAAAUCACCUAUAAAUAGAAACACAAUCGCUUCAUCAUCAGGAUUAGCUAAAUCACUUAUAAAUAGAAACACAAGCGCUUCAUCAUCAGGAUUAGCUAGAUCUCCUAUAAAUAGAAACACAAGCGCUUCAUCAUCAGGAUUAGCUAGAUCUCCUAUAAAUAGAAACACAAUCGCUUCAUCAUCAGGAUUAGCUAAAUCACCUAUAAAUAGAAACACAAUCGCUUCAUCAUCAGGAUUUGCUAAAUCACCUAUAAAUAGAAACACAAGCGCUUCAUCAUCAGGAUUAGCUAAAUCACCUAUGAAUAGGAACACAAGCAGUGAUAGGUCUUCUGUCAGGUCAAGGGUGCCUGUACAGUUAAACCACUUCGAUGAAAAUAUUGGAGGAAUUUCAGACACUAUUAUUGAUAUAACAAAUGACAAUGAUGAGGUUUUAUAUGUUGAAAACUUUGGACAUUUGGCCAGGAGUGGUGUUGAAGUUGAAGAUAACAAGGAGAAUCUUUCAACGCAUGAAGAAAUUGAGCAUGAAGAAAUUGAGCUACCCCAGUCGCAAGGAUUUGCAUGGAUGCCCCAAGAACAAAGAAACACCAUACUAGAUGAUAUUGGGCAACGACAAAAAAUCAGCAGUGAGUUACCUCCCCUCCCAUGUUUGCCAGAGAUUCUCUCCCCUGAAUCUGGCUCAAAACAGGCAAGGGCGGUAACUCCCAGUUCUGGCAGAAUAAGACAGGCGGAUGAUGUGGAUUACUUCCCCUCACCCUCCCAGGUGGACAUCGAUGUGCUCAGUGAGUUGCCAGAGGAUAUAAGACUUCAGAUUGAGCAAGAAAUGGCAAAUAGGCAGAAGAAGAAGCUUGAAAAAAGAACAUUACGUAGUUCACAAAGUCAAGAGUCAGAGGCUACUUUUCAGCAAAUUGAAAUGGGAGAAAACUCUGGAACCAGGGGAAGUAAUUCUGGUGAAAGGAGGGGAAAUUCAGCUACUUUCAGGGGAGAUAAUGCUAGUCCGAAUGGAGCUAGUAGUUCUGUUGAGAUUAGGGGAGACAACUUGGGACAAAGAGGGAGGUCACAUUCAGGGGAUGCUAUUGUAGCGCUGCCCUCUCCAUCACAGCUGGAUCCUACAUGCCUAGAGGCCCUGCCAGAAUUUCUACAGGCAGAAUUAAAGGAAGCAUAUUCCAGACAGGCUACAAAUGGCAGAUCCAGUGCAAGGGGAGGCAACUUCCUCAAUCUUAGACAGGCUUCACCUACCACUUCCCCAAAUAAGAGGUCUCCCAGCAAGAGAUCUCCAGGGAAGCGGAGUCCCCAGUUUAAGGUCCCCAGGGGUCGACCAGGGGGACGCGGUAGACCAAGAGGCAGCACAUCAAAGAAAACGCUGUUUAAGGGCAGCGCUAGAAAUGUACAGAAAGAAGAUGUCUCCAAAAGCAACAGAGAACACCAACAGUGCAGUACAUCCAACCUGCCUGCCUUAGAGUUUGUAGACACACAUCACUAUGUGGACCUUAUAGAUGACGGUCCGUCAACUAGCAAAGAAAUUGCUAUUGAUAAAAGCUAUCAAAAUAUGGCUGUGCAAGAUACAAGAGAAACAAGUUCUUUAAGUAAUGCAUCAUCAGAGAAAGUAGCUGGAACUCAGGAAGAAACUAAGGCAGUCAACUUGUGUGGGGCCGUGACAAUAGCGGAUGUUAGAUUACUUUUGAAGGAGUGGAUAGAUUCCACCCCAAAUCCACAGUGUGAGGAUGAAACAGUACUGGCCAGUUAUUUGCAUGAUCUUAUACUGGAAAGAAACCUGGAACAGGUCGAUUUGGUGCUCAAAUACAUGCUAAGGAACAUCCGGAAACUUGAGAGCCCAGACUGGAUGUCGUCUUUGAGAAGAAUUCUUCAUCAAACACAGGCCCUGACCAUACAGAUGUAUGGAAGCAGACUGGUUUCCAUUGUGGUGUGAUCAAUUCAAGACUGGUUUGUCAUUCUCUAUGUCAGACUGCUUUAUCAUUAGAUGUGAUAUGAUUG